AUGUUUCAACCGGAGAAUAUGUCAUGCUACCAUCUCCAUAUCAUGCGUAUGCCCGAUCAUUGCCCCAUAACAGCUUACGGGUUUGGAUAUGAUUCUGUUAGUGAUGAUUAUAAGCUGAUUUUAGUUGACGAAAUAAGCAAGUUUCAUAAUGUCGUUUGUGUUUAUAGUAUGAAAAGAAACGAAUGGGUUCGGAGUUGGAUGUUCUCCAAUCUCAUUCCCAAUUUAAGUGGAGUCGUUGUGAAAGGAUUUGUCAAUUGGGUGUAUCGGAAAGAAGGGAAAAUUGUUGCUUUUGAUCUUGAUACUGAAGAAUUUCGUUUAGUGCCUUUACCCAACCGGAGGAGGCAUGAAUAUGAGAGUGCUUCAGAUGUGACUGUAGACGUAUUGAGAGGAUGCCUCUUGAUGAUUAUUCCAAGUGAAAGAGAGAUUGAGAUGUGGGUGAUGAAAGAUUACAUGGUCAAAGAGUCAUGGACUAAACUUUAUACGAUCUCACGCAGAAGGAGUUUUAUUUGUCCAAUAAAUAGCAAUGAAUUUCUCAUACGAAGUCCCAUCGGCUAUGACUACAUCGGCUUGUAUAGGUACAACCCAGUGACGAGAGAGGAAAUAGAUGUCCACAGCAAUGCGGUUAAUGGACAGACAUAUGAUACUCUAACAGUGGUUUUUGUGGAAAGUCUUGUUCAAAUCAGAAAGUUAAUGGGAGCAGGAGGUAGGCCUAGAGUAAGGCAAGGAAAACCAAUUGGUUAUAUCAAGUGA